GAAUCUCGAUUUGCCAUUGAUCUGAUCUCGACGAUGGCGGACAUCGUCAAGCAAAUCCUAGCGAAGCCGAUUCAACUGUCUGACCAGGUGGUCAAAGCCGCCGAUGAGGCUAGUUCCUUCAAGCAGGAGUGCGGCGAACUCAAGGCUAAGACCGAGAAGCUCGCCGGUCUUCUCCGUCAGGCUGCCCGUGCCAGCAACGAUCUCUACGAGCGACCCACUCGCCGUAUCAUUGAUGACACCGAGCAGAUGCUUGAGAAGGCUCUCUCUCUUGUCUUAAAGUGCCGAGCCAAUGGCCUCAUGAAGCGCGUCUUCACCAUCAUCCCCGCCGCCGCCUUCCGGAAGAUGUCUGCUCAGUUGGAGAACUCUAUCGGAGACGUUUCCUGGCUCCUCCGUGUCUCCGCUCCGGCGGAAGACCGUGGUGACGCUGGCUACCUUGGUCUUCCACCAAUCGCCGCCAACGAACCCAUCCUUUGCCUGAUCUGGGAGCAGAUUGCCAUUCUCUACACCGGAUCGCUUGAAGACCGCUCCGAUGCCGCUGCCUCGCUGGUAUCGCUGGCCCGUGACAACGAUCGCUACACGAAGCUAAUCAUAGAGGAAGGAGGUGUGGUGCCUCUCCUUAAACUGCUCAAGGAAGGGAAGCCCGAGGGGCAAGAGAACGCGGCGCGUGCGUUAGGAUUACUGGGCCGUGAUCCGGAGAGCGUGGAGCACAUGAUUCACGGCGGAGCUUGUUCCGUCUUCGGCAAAGUCCUCAAAGAAGGGCCGAUGAAAGUCCAGGCGGUUGUUGCGUGGGCUACGUCGGAGCUUGUGUCCAAUCACCCCAAGUGCCAAGACGUCUUCGCUCAGCACAAUGCCAUUCGGCUACUCGUUGGCCACUUGGCCUUCGAAACGGUGCAAGAGCACAGCAAAUACGCCAUUGCCACUACCAACAAAGCUACUUCCAUUCACCACGCCGUCGCUCUCGCCAAGGAAAAUCCUAAUUCCACCUCCGCCACCGCCUUGCCCAAGGGCCUUGAUGAGGAUCAGAGCUCGAUUCCUCAUCCUACAGGGAAGCAAAUGCCGAAUCAGAUGCACAAUGUGGUCGUCAACACCAUGGCUGUUAGGGCAAACCCUCCGAGGAAAUCGACUAGCAACGGUGUGAGCCAGAGUAAUGGUGUAAAGCUACCUAGCAAUCUACAGCAGCACCAGAAUACAACUUCGAGCGCAUCCAAGACUCGAGAGCUGGAAGACGCAGCUACCAAGUGUCAGAUUAAGGCAAUGGCUGCCAGAGCGCUGUGGAAGCUGGCGAAAGGCAAUUCCACCAUCUGCAAAAGCAUCACAGAGUCCAGAGCUCUCCUCUGCUUCGCUGUUCUGAUUGACAAGGGCAACGAGGAGGUCAGAUACAACUCAGCUAUGGCGUUAAUGGAGAUUACGGCCGUUGCAGAGCAGGACGCUGAUCUAAGACGCUCCGCAUUCAAGCCCAAUUCCCCGGCCUGCAAGGCUGUGGUGGAUCAAGUGCUUAAAAUCAUCGAGAUCGCGGAUUCUGAGCUACUCAUCCCCUGCAUCAGAACCAUAGGGAACCUUGCUAGAACUUUCAGAGCAACCGAGACACGGAUGAUUGGGCCUCUGGUGAAGCUUCUGGACGAAAGAGAGCCCGAAGUGACAGUGGAAGCCGCAGUUGCCCUCACGAAGUUCGCCUGCACUGAUAAUUACUUGCAUAAAGAUCACUCGAGGGGCAUUAUAGAAGCUGGAGGGGGCAAACAUUUGGUUCAGUUGGCCUACUUUGGAGAGAGUGGCGUUCAGAUUCCGGCAUUAGAGCUCCUCUGCUACAUAGCACUCAAUGUUCCAGACAGCGAACAGCUGGCGAAGGACGAGGUUCUGGCAGUGUUGGAGUGGGCUUCGAAGCAGUCAUGGGUGACACAGCUGGAGAGAUUAGAAGCACUGUUGCUGGAGGCAAAGAGCAGACUGGACCUUUACCAGUCAAGAGGAUCGAGGGGUUUCAAUUUCAAUUGAUUCAUUGUUUCGAUUUUGAUGUUGAUUUCUUGAACAGCGAAUGCAGAAUACGUACCUUGUUGUUUAAUACCUUACCCGUGUAAAUCAAAAACAAAAAGGCUUUUGAGCUUUUUGUAGUUGAGUUUCUCUGGCUGAUCUUUUCUGUACAGAUUCCUAUAUCUGCAGACGAUAUCAUUGAUUAUUUAUUUGAGCAUCGUGUAAUUUGGUAUGGAGCUGAAUGUAUCAAUGUGUGUGGAGACAACGAGAAAGGAUGACUGAGGGAGGGAUGACUCCCAUGUCAAAAUAUAUGAGUAUAAGAGGC